AUGACUGGAGCGUCAUUGGGUCUUCGAACACCUAGUUAUGGAUCGCUGCAACAGCAAGGACAGAAUGGCGGUGGUCUGUUGCAGACUCAGAAUUCAUUUGUCUUGCGAAAGCCUCCGAAGAUUUCACUCUCUGGUUCAAGAGAGAAGGAGAGGUUUCUACCCCGCAUCUUCAGAUAUUUAGGUCGAAGGAAAGUUGGAAUGCUAUUUUUGGUUAUCUUCGCCCUCAUGGCUUUUUUGUCAGGAUUCUUUACGGUUAAUAAAGAGGAUGCAUCGAUGGUUUUUUUAGAAGAUGCAUCGGGAAGCGCUGGUGUGGACUUUGAUGAGAGGUUUCGGAACAAGACAUAUCAUGUUCCUUCCCUUUUCCCCAAAACCGAAGUUAGCCAGAAUGACAACAAUUCUUCUUUACUGAAAAGUUUGACAGUGUGUGGUGCAAAUAGUGGUCAGCCUCCUCCUCCUACUCCCCAUGUUGCUGCUAUUGCAGUCCUUACAACCCAGAAGAGUCAUACUUGUGAUACAUUUGCAUUCCCUCCUCCACCUCCUGGUGAUAGAAGACGAAUUGGACCACGACCAUGUCCAGUAUGUUAUGUUCCUGUAGAGCAGGCUAUUGCUAGUAUGCCGAGCUCCCCAUCACCAUCACCUGUGCUUGGUCAUUUAACUUAUUUUCGUGAAGAAAAUCCAAUAAAAAUUGAACCACAUGGAGGCUCCGAUUUUGGCGGGUAUCCUUCUCUAAAGCAGAGGAAUGAUUCUUUUAAUAUAAAAGAGUCCAUGACUGUGCAUUGUGGUUUUGUUAAAGGAUGUAGACCUGGUCACCAAACUGGAUUUGAUAUUGAUGCAGCCGAUCUUGUUGAGUUAGAGCAGUUUCAUGAUGUCAUUGUUGCAUCGGCCAUAUUUGGAAAUUAUGACAUAAUUCAACAACCAAAGAACAUAAGUGACACUGCAAGAAAAAAUAUUCCAUUUUAUAUGUUUGUUGAUGAAGAGACAGAAGCAUAUCUGAAGAAUUCUAGUCUCUUGGACAAUAACAAGAGGGUUGGAUUAUGGAGAAUUAUUGUCGUCCAUAGCAAUCCUUACACUGAUGCACGACGCAACGGAAAGGUCAGUUUAGUUUCUUUUGGUCUUGUAGCUUCUCCCUCUUCAUGUGUUCAUCCAGAUGGAAUUAUGUCCAAGUGA